UGCGUUGCCAUGACAGCGUCUUUUGUUGCUAGUGGAGCUGAGGCUCAGAUAACUAACAGCUAACGUGUUUAACUUCAGCCGCAGUUUUCUGUCAGGAUAAUUAAAGUUUCCGGAUCCCUGUGAGUCUGCGCAGUGCGUCGCGAUGCCGCCGAAGGCUAAAAGCAAGAAGAAGGGCGGGAACGUGAAGUCUUCCACGGUGAUGGACGGUCUGUCCACGGAGGACAUGUCCAAGGAUCAGCUGGAGGAACACAUCAUCCACCUCCGGGAGGAGCUGGACCGCGAGCAAGAGGAGAAGAGCUACUUCCAGCUGGAGAGAGACAAGAUCCAGGCCUUCUGGGAGAUCUCCAAGAGGAACCUGGACAAGACGAAGGCCGAGCUGAGGAACAGGAGCCGGGAGAGAGAUGAGGCUGAGGAGCGCCACCGAGUCGAGAUCGAAGUGUUCUGGACCGUGACUGGAAUCCACGCGACCCUCAACUUUAAUGAGAUUCCCAGUACCGGCACUGGGCCCAUGGCCCCACAGCAUGAUGGGACCGCCACCAAAUGGUACUGUGGGUAG